CUUCGCUGUUUCUAAUAAUCAUAAAUUAAUAAUCAAUAUCUUAAACAAAUAAUUUACAGUUUCUUUCGCAUUUGAACAGAAUAUCCAAAGUGAAGAUCAUAAUAUAUUAUAUUAUAGUAACGAAACUUUUUAGGUUAUAAAAAUUUAAAUAUGAGUGAAGACUAUAAAAUACUGAAACAAGGCGCAGAAGCGAAGUUGUAUAUCUGUAAUUAUCUUGGAAAACCUACACUUAUUAAAGAAAGAUUCAAGAAAAACUAUAGACAUCCUGACUUGGAUCAUACUAUUACUAAAGAGAGAAUAAAAAACGAAGCAAGAUCGAUUGUGCGAUGUAAAACUGCAGGAAUAAGAACCCCAGCUUUGUAUCUAGUAGAUUUCGAUCGUAGACGUAUAUACAUGGAACAUUUCCAACACAGUAUUACUGUUAAAGAUUUCAUAAUAAAUUUAACAAAGAUAAAUGGUACCAAUGCUGAUACUACAAACAGUUUAGACAUAUACGCAACUAAAAUCGGCCAGACAGUCAGAAAAUUACAUGACAACAACAUUAUACAUGGGGAUUUGACAACUUCUAACAUGUUACUCGUAGAAAAAAGUCCUAGUAAUACAGUUGAUGAUUCAAAAUGGCUUCAUCAUGAAAAUGUUGAAAUAAUUAUGAUAGAUUUUGGCUUGUCUUUUAUCGAUUCAAGUACUGAAGAUAAAGGAGUUGAUUUAUAUGUGCUGGAACGAGCCCUCAUUAGCACUCACAAUGAUUAUCCAGACUUAUUUAAAAAAAUAUUUGAAGCUUAUAAGAGUUUUAGUAAGAAUAACAUUAAAGAAAUUAUUGUUAAGUACGAAGAUGUUAGGGCGAGAGGCAGAAAGAGAACUAUGGUUGGUUAAAUAUUGUAUCAAUUUUGUAAAUAAAAAAAUGUUGAAACAUU